CAAAUUCGAUCAUAGUUAAGCCGUCACCAAGAUAGGUCCCAGAAUGCAAUAGGAGAAUUAAACAGGUGGUCUUAUCUUAUCGCCCACAGUAUACUCAAAGACUCACCCUUCGUUCACUUAGCUGCAUUGGAUCACGGGAAUCGCACCGGCAGCAUUUAGCUAACUUAUAGAACAAAUAAUGAAUUUCUGUGUUUUAUUAACUAGCGCCAUAUUGGCGGGAUGUGUAAAUGCACAAUUUAGUCUUCAUUUUGGAACAAAUGCCCCAGCGCCUGCGGCACAAAAUUCUGUUUGUAAAGAUAAGUUAGACAACUGCCCUGCAUUUGGAAAGACGUCUUGUGUUGCCCCGUACUUGGAAUGGGCAAAUGAAUAUUGCCCUCUAUACUGUGGCUUCUGUCAAGGCCCCCCAACAACCCCUGCUCCUUGCGUUGAUACGAGAAGUGAUUGUAAACAGUAUGGGCAAGGAAUUUGUAGUGACCCAAAAUACGCUCCCUGGGUGUUGGAAAACUGUCGCUACUUCUGCAGACAAUGCACUGCGCAACAGCUUCUUACAGCAGAUUCCAGGACUACAACUAUACCACCAGAGCGUUGUGUUGAUAAACUGGAUAACUGUAAGGAUUAUGGGCAGCAAGCAUGUAAAACAUAUAGACCCUGGGCCGAGGAUAACUGUAUGAAUACAUGUAAAUUCUGUAUAGGGCUAGCAACACCAGCGCCACCUUGUAUCGACAAAAUUCCCAACUGUAAAUCUUAUUCUGGUGAGGCUUGUACAAAUCCGUCUUAUCGCCCAUGGGCUGAAGAAAAUUGCCGAGCUCACUGUCAGUUCUGCACGCCAUCUGGUGGCCAGAGUACCAUGGGAGUACCCACACCUGCUAUGCCCACACCUGCACUGCCAACAAGUGGCCCAAUGAUUUUGCCCGCAGGAUUUGUCAACAUUCCCACACCAGUUGCUGGUAGGACUUAUGCUCCAAGCAAACGACUUACUCCUCCACUUAAACGUCAAGUCCCUCAGCCUCCCGGAAGCAGUGCAAAUCAUGGUGGACCAGUACCAUUCGAACCACAUACAAAACAUCCGACAACUACUACAACUACCGAAGCUCCUACCACUACUACCACCACAACGGAGGCCCCCACCACAACAGAGGCUCCUACCACGACAGAGGCUCCCACAACUACAGAGGCACCAACUACUACUGAGGAGCCAACCACUACCCCUGAACCCACAACAACUACCACCACAACAACUCCUAAGCCUACCACAACCACAGAGAAACCAAAGAAAGUAUGCAACAAUCUUUUGGUUCCUGGAACUGGUCCAGAAACAAAUAUGCAACAUGGUGGUAUGCAACAGCCGGCCCAAGAAUGUCACUGGGUCACCUCCAAACCAACCGAAAAGCCAGAAACUACCACACCAGAAAUGACAACAACCGAGGCUCCUGUAGAACCAGUAGAUAACACAACAGAUAGCGGGAAUGAAACGACAACAGAAAUGGUUACAACAAUGGAGCCUCAAGUUACAGAUAAUGGCACUGGAAUGUCUGGAAAUGAAACCGAUACUAAUUCUACUACCCCUGAUAAUGGGUCCGGUAUGAUGACCACAGAAGGACCAAGUACUAAUGAAACUACUCCUGAACCAGUCACAACUAAUGUCCCUGUUUCGACAACAGACAAUGGAUCUGGAUCAGACAAUGUAACAAGUAUGGGAACCGGAAACACAACUGACUCUGGGGUAACUGGGUUAACAGUAUCUCCUGAUAAUGGGUCAGGCACUAACUCAAGCAGUGGGCAAAACACAACAGCUGGAGGUUCUGGAUCAACCGGAACAACGUCAACUCCUGAUAAUGGAUCAGGAGUAUCUACAACAGAAGGAAGCAGUCAAGCUGGUGGAAAUAGUUCCCUCGUUCCGGUUCCUUGUGGUAGUGGACCUGAUACUUGUGGACAGGGUGGCGUUUCAACCGACAGCACAGUUAUAGCACCCACUAAGGCCCCUGUAUCCACCACCAGUCCUCCUAACGAAGUCAGCACACCAGUCGUAAGUAGUAGCGAUUUACCAAACCCUAGCACAACACCACCAGGUAUCCCUACAAAGCGACCAACUAGUAAUGCAGAAACCACCACAGAGAUGCAGGUUCCCCAAAAAAAUGCAUCCAACACUCCAGAUCUGAGUGUGACUAAUGGUUAUACUGCCGACACCAGUAAGUGUGAAGAUAAUCCAGAUAUUCAGUGUAUCUUGUAUAACUUUACCCGUGUUUGUGACGAAAAUGGUAUAUAUGCACCUUGGGCAAAACAGAACUGCCGAGCCUAUUGCGGGUAUUGUCAAGCGAGUGGACAUGGUCGCAGGAAGGAGCUUGGUGGACACAGGCGCGAUUCCUAA